GGAAAUCAUCUUAUUAAAGGUUACUUCAACCAUGGCUUUACCUACCCAGAGAUAGUGGCUUUUCUGUGCCUUGCACAUGGAAUAGUAAUCAGGUUAGUGUUGUGACCCAUUUAAGUAUAAAGUCAUGAAUAGGUUGUGAGUGUGCUGAUGGUUCUUAGUGAUAACUAUCUCGUUCACUUCGCUUCAGACAAUAACUUUAAGUACUACUAAACUAUGGGUUAUAGGAAACCUUUGAAGACUUGCGUAUUUGGGAUCAACAAAGUACUAGUUUGAUAAACCUUUCGUCAGCAGGCCUAUUGAAUCCAGCAGUAAAUGUCGGCUUCAAUUUUACGUAAAAUAAAAAGUUACUUGAAAUACUGACGCCAGUUAUUGACGAAAAGUCGCAAUAAAAAUAAUUUAUGAUAGAAAUGACUACCUGUGGAGUGACGAGUCUUCUCAAGGUUUUAGUACAUCGCUAAAAUCAUAUUUGGCUUCCCUUUCCUUGUUCAGCUUACGCCACGUCAAACGGAUUAUCAGGCGUAUGGGACUGCGAAGAAGACGGCAAAUGAGUGGGAUUGAGGAAGUGGUCGCUACAGUGGAGGUGAGCAGAGAUUUGCCGAGUUAAUUAAAUGAGACAUGUGGGAGGGACAUGGCAAUGGCAACAACUGUUUGAUCCACAGUCUGUGUCAUCUCUUGACGUCCACAGGAAGAACUAGCUGGUAG